UAGGUGCAGUAUCCUGUAGCGCUGACCCUCAGACACUCCUACAGCAGGAGGAGGAUAACCCCCACACUGUCGGGAUAAACUGGUCUUUAAGAGAAACAUUUGCCUUCAGAAAGCCUUAUUUUUUAUUUUCCUCUUACCAGACAAUGUUUGUGUCUCUCUGAAAUCCUAGCGUUUCAGUGGAAAUGUCGCCCUGGUGAUUUCUCAUUUACAUGUCAUUGUGUAAAUCCUGUAAAAAAACUCAUUUUCAGACUAUUUUUCAUCAUUUUCUUGGGAUUGCUGUGAGGCGUUCUCCUCCAGACGCAUGUCGCUGUGAUUUAUCCCGACCAGCCUACAUAUAGUGGACCGACGACACACGGGCUAACCCACCGUGAUGGAUAAUACUCAUACUAAGACAGUGGAGGAGGUUCUGGGCUUCUGCAAUGUAAACGAGUCCACAGGUUUGAGCUGUGAGCAGCUGAAGAAGAACAGGGAGAAAUGGGGACCCAACGAACUACCAGCUGAAGAAGGUAAAUCUCUUUGGGAGCUUGUCCUGGAGCAGUUUGAGGAUCUCUUGGUUCGAAUCUUGCUGCUGGCUGCGUGCAUUUCCUUUACUCUGGCUUGGUUCGAAGAAGGGGAGGGAACGAUCACUGCCUUUGUCGAACCUUUUGUCAUCCUCCUCAUCCUCAUCGCCAAUGCUAUUGUAGGAGUCUGGCAGGAGCGCAAUGCGGAAAAUGCCAUCGAGGCUCUUAAGGAGUACGAGCCAGAGAUGGGCAAGGUGUAUCGACAGGACAAGAAGAGCGUCCAGAACAUCAGAGCACGAGAAAUUGUCCCUGGAGACAUUGUGGAAGUUGCAGUUGGUGAUAAGGUUCCAGCUGACAUCAGGCUGACGUCCAUCCGUUCCACCACUCUGAGGGUGGACCAGUCCAUUCUGACGGGGGAGUCAGUGUCAGUCCUCAAACACACAGACCCUGUACCAGACCCCCGAGCUGUCAACCAGGACAAGAAGAACAUGCUCUUCUCUGGUACCAACAUUGCAGCAGGGCGAGCCGUUGGUGUUGUCGUGGCGACAGGGGUGCAGACAGAGAUUGGGAAGAUUCGAGAUGAGAUGGCCUCCACUGAUCCUGAGAGGACCCCAUUGCAGCAGAAACUCGACCAGUUUGGAGAGCAACUGUCUAAGGUUAUCACUGUGAUCUGUGUGGCAGUGUGGGCCAUCAAUGUAGGACAUUUUAAUGACCCAGUGCAUGGAGGCAGCUGGCUGAGAGGAGCCGUUUACUACUUCAAGAUUGCUGUUGCAUUGGCUGUUGCUGCCAUACCAGAAGGCCUCCCUGCAGUCAUUACUACCUGCCUGGCACUGGGCACCAGGAGGAUGGCCAGGAAAAAUGCCAUCGUCCGCAGCCUGCCAUCAGUGGAAACGCUGGGUUGUACCUCCGUUAUCUGCUCUGACAAAACAGGAACACUGACCACCAACCAGAUGUCAGUCUGCAGGAUAUUUGUAGUGGACAGUGUGUCAGGGGAGCACUGCAGCCUGAACGAGUUCUCAGUGACUGGAUCUACUUACGCCCCUGAAGGGGAAGUUUUCAAAAAUGGCUCAGUGGUCAAGUGCAGUCAGUACGAAGGCCUGGUGGAGAUGGCCUCCAUCUGUGCACUGUGUAAUGACUCAUCACUGGACUACAAUGAAGCAAAGGGAGCGUUUGAGAAGGUUGGGGAGGCAACGGAGACUGCCCUCUGCUGCCUGGUGGAGAAAAUGAACGUCUUUGACACUGACUUGAGAAGACUGAGUCCUGUCGAGAGAGCUACAGCGUGCUGCUCUGUGAUUAAGCAGCUGAUGAGGAAGGAGUUAACACUGGAAUUCUCUAGAGACCGAAAGUCCAUGUCUGUCUUCUGUUCAUCCAAUAAACUCACCAGGUCUACCUCUGGAAACAAGAUGUUUGUGAAGGGAGCUCCAGAGAGUGUGCUGGAGCGUUGUACUCAUAUCCGGGUCAGCGGUUCUGCUCGUUUGCCUUUAACCCCGGCAGUUCGAGAGCAGCUCCUGUCCACUGUGCGGGAGUGGGGGUCAGGCCGGGACACACUGCGUUGCCUUGCUAUGGCAACCCGGGACACGCCCCCAGAUAUCCAUUGUCUCAACCUGGAGAACUCAGCUACCUUUGCUGAAUAUGAGGCGGACCUGACCUUUGUAGGCUGUGUGGGCAUGUUGGACCCCCCCAGGAAAGAGGUGCUUAGCGCAGUCCGAAUGUGUCGGCAAGCUGGCAUACGAGUCAUCAUGAUCACAGGUGACAACAAAGGGACAGCCCUGUCUAUCUGUCGGAGGGUGGGGAUCAUCACGGAGCAGGAAGAGGAGCAGGAGGGUGUUGGGGGAGGCCUGACGGGACGGGAGUUUGACGAGCUGCCCCCCCACCUGCAGCGUCAGGCCUGCCGGACAGUACGGUGCUUCGCCAGGGUGGAGCCAGCACACAAGAGUCGUAUAGUGGAGUAUCUCCAGGGCCUGGAUGAGAUCACUGCCAUGACAGGUGACGGGGUGAAUGAUGCACCAGCGCUGAAGAAAGCUGAGAUCGGCAUCGCUAUGGGCAGCGGCACAGCCGUAGCCAAAUCAGCCUCUGAGAUGAUCCUGGCUGAUGACAACUUCUCCACUAUUGUGGCGGCUGUGGAGGAAGGCAGAGCCAUUUACAACAACAUGAAACAGUUCAUCAGAUACCUGAUAUCAUCCAACAUAGGAGAGGUGGUCUGUAUUUUCCUGACAGCCGCUCUCGGCAUGCCUGAAGCGUUGAUCCCAGUCCAGCUGUUAUGGGUCAACCUGGUCACUGAUGGUUUCCCAGCAACAGCUUUGGGCUUCAACCCUCCUGACCUGGACAUCAUGUCCCGCCCUCCUCGCUCCCCCAAAGAGCCUCUCAUCUCCACCUGGUUGUUUUGUCGCUACCUCAUCAUUGGAUGUUAUGUGGGAGCAGCCACGGUUGGAGCUGCUGCCUGGUGGUUUAUGGCAGCCCAUGAUGGACCUAAACUUUCCUUCUAUCAGCUGUCCCACUACCUGCAGUGCACUGAAGGCCAUGUUGAGUUUGCUGGUGUGCAGUGCUCAGUCUUCGAGUCUCCGUAUCCCAUGACUAUGGCUCUAUCUGUCUUGGUUACCAUAGAGAUGUGCAACGCCUUGAACAGUCUUUCAGAGAACCAGUCCCUGCUGAAAAUGCCUCCAUGGUCAAACCCAUGGCUGGUGGGGGCCAUCUGUCUGUCCAUGGCCUUACACUUUCUCAUUCUUUAUGUUGACCCACUGCCGGUGGUAUUCCAGAUACGCCCUCUGUCAUGGCCUCAGUGGGUGGUGGUGUUAAAGAUGUCCCUUCCUGUCAUUUUCAUGGACGAGGCCCUCAAGUUCCUGGCACGCAACUAUAUUGAGCCGGGAAACCAGACAUUGGAAGAGGAAGAGGAGCUACAGGCAACAAGGGCUAAUGCGGGAUUGUUCAGUGUCAUGAGCACAAGGCUACGCCAGUCAUUGAGGGGUGUGUCCUGGUCCUUCGUCCUGAUCAUGACUCCACUAGUGAUCUGGAUCUUCAGCCUGGACUCUGACAUCACUAACAUCUUCUGGGAGUAAUGUGAGAAGGAGAUGACAGGUGGACUGUGGUGGGGGAGGCAGUGAAAGUCAGGAUGCUAAAGAAAGAAAGAGAAAAGCUAAAUCAGGCGUAUUGGGCAAAAUUGUUGUGAUGUGAAGCAAGGUGGAAGAGAAAAAAAACAUGAAACCUAUUUGAGAUUAAUGAAGGAAAGUGUUUUUAGCCAGAAGACAAUCAGUAAAAGAAAGUGCAAGGCAGUUUCAGACCAUCACCUGCUAUGAAAAUGUGCUAUGUGUAGCUAAUUGUCUCUCUCAAUCCUGUGAUCACAUUUACUCUGACUGUGCUUACACCUCCUCCCCAUUUCCCUGAUUAAGCAUACACAUGUUGGUCAGUUGGUCCAAAUCAGCCUUGGGUUCGGAGUUAAUUGUCUCUGUGACCGAAUACCUCUAACACUAAAGAACAUGGUACCUCAGUUGUACUUUUAUGUUAGCAUAGCAUGCUAAUCUACUAAUUGUUACACUAUAAGAUUCUGAAGAUUGUGUGAUAGAAAUUAGCAAGUUAACAUGCUACUGUUAUCUUGUUUGUUUGAAACAAAACCUGACAUCUGUCUUUCUGCCUUAAAGUCAGCAUAGACUUCCCGCCAUAAAUGGACGCAGGGACACACAGUGUAAAAUUUAAUGUAGAUAAUCAGUGAUUCAACUUUUUUGACUUUUGUUGUUGCAUAUUGUCUUCCAAGUAGUUUGAUUUGAAACACAAAGUUUAAUUUAACUUGUGUUGAGAGACCUGGAUGUGGUAGGUGGAUGACAGCUAAUUGUGUUUCAAUUCCUUUCUGAUUUCUUAGUAACAACCAAUGGCUGUAUAUAAAGACAGAAGACACGUCUCCACUUCCUCCCCACUCAGCGUUGCCAGAUGGAAAAUGUUGAAGUAUUAAUAUUUUCGUAUUUUGAGGACAAAUAUCGUACAGGGCCGCAGUAGGGAUAGGAUGCUCAAUCCGAUGUUUUCAAAGCUAUUAUUAUCGUACAUCAUGCAUUAUUGAUUGAUUAUACAGAGGGCAAAAUUAUCAUACAAAUACAAUAAGUAUCGUACAUCUGGCAACACUGUCCCCACUGUACAGAAAUUAAACCAAAAUAUCUUGGAUAUGGGCACCGCUUGAAAUUUAUUUGCUUUUAUGACUUAUACUGCAGCCAGCCACAAGGUUGCGAUGGUGAUGUUUUGUCUUCACGUUUGCGAGCUGUCAUGUUGUCCAUCUUUAUGUACGUCAUUGGUAACUACUUGCUACGCUACAACAACAGUGCUUGUAACUAGCACUGUUGUUAUAUGGUAGCAAACUGUUAAAUGGGAGAUUUGUCUUAACUAGCAAAGGCUUAGGUAAUGUGUUGUUGAGAAGCGUUAGAAAGUCGUUGUAGCGUCACUGGCUAUAUUUUAGAGAUAAUAGCAUAAUGUUGAGAUCUGUGAAAUAUGUUUUUCAAGUCUUCUCAGUUUAUAUAUUAAUUUACCAGGGUUUUGUUAAGUGUUGAGUCAGAUUUGUCGACCUAAUCCCUUUACCUCGUCUAAAUAGGUCUUCUAUCAGCAAGCAAAUUUUGUCAGGUUACUUAGUGAGCUCAGUUACCUAAGCAGAUGUUCCAACUGGCAGUUCAUAGGUGUACAUAUUUCGUUCUAAGUUUAAAUUUUGUGACGUGUAAGGCUUCACUUAGAGAAAAUGUAUGUUAUAACAAGGCUAAAUUUGACUUUAAGAGUUGAUACACUAGACCUCUUUAGAGGUAAAUGUAACCAGUUAUUCAAAAUGAAAGGCAAAAGCAAAGACGAGAAAGUCAGAAGAAUAAUUUAGAAUUGUUUAUUUCCUCUGAACCAAACAACAUGUUCAUGGCUUACUGAUGGUUUUAAUGCUACACAUAGCACCUUUCACAUGAAAACACACGGUUGAAAAGUGAGUGGAUUGGAUUUGAUAGAAGGAAGACAGAAGCACUGAGUCGUCCACAGUCUCACACAUAUACACACACCAGCUUUACAGACCCACUGUAAUUCCCCAGUAAUAAAAUGUGGUCAGCAACAGGUGGUGAAGACAGAUGUACAGUAGAGCCCCCAGCUGGCCAUUCUAAUACUACUGCAAUGCAAAAUAUUCAGUCACCUCUACACAGUAAAUGAGACUAAAACAUGCUUUUACCCUCUGAAGGAAGACUGUUAGCAGAAUGCAUGUCAGUGCACGUUACGCUACACACUUUAAACAUGUUACAGUGGAGUGGAAGAUCAGCCACUCACUCUGUGACUGAUUCUAAAGAUGAUACAUCAAAUCUAAAAGGGAUUCACACUUCUAAGUCUGUAUCGAGGUCAGCAGUACACUUCACCAUCACAUCUAAAAUCUUACAGCCUAGUCCUAGAACUUUACUCUGUAGUUCAAUAUCCUUCACUGUAUGAGUUGAUUGUCUCUGAUACUGGAAAGCUCUUAAGUCUUUAAUGUAUCUUGACUUGACCAGACACCCUGAGGCUUCACAGACUGAAGCCUGAUUUCAAGCCUUCACACCAGGAUCAUUGACAUGAGCCUGUUUGAUUUGAGUAGUUAAGAAGUGUUGAUGAUGUUAUUUAUAUUCAUGAUUAGACACAGUAUAUGUUGUUGUGUACUUCUAGGUACAGUCAGUCUAAAGGAUGGGAACUGACUGCUACAUAUAAUGUGUAAGCUAAAUGGAAUAAUAUGGUUCUUUAUGUUAGGGCUUUAAAUAUACUCUCACUACUCCAGUCCCCACUCAGUACACUGCAACUUUUUCUGAUUUCUUUACUACUUUUCUCCCCUUGCCUCUUAACCACAGACACUGCCUCUUUGUUAGUGUACUGGACAGGAUGCACUGCAAACUGUAACACACAGAUUCCCAGUGAUACAGUGGGCCUGAUGCAGAGUGAGUGUGGUUUUUUUUGUGUGAAUAAUUGACCUGUCUGCCAUUUUCUCCAGUGAUGUCAUUGUGACAUCUCACUCUGUUUGCCAUUGAAGGGAUUUUUUUUUUCAUGCUGUUAAGAUAAUUGUUGGGUAUCAAAUGUGGCCCUGACGAUGGGGCUACUUUUAGCAAAAAUAUCUGUGAUUUGUAUAAAGUGUAAAGUCACAAUAUUCUAAGUUAAGAAGUCAAAUGUUAUAAUGAAAAAGUCAUGAUAUUAUGAGAAUAAAGUUGCCAGACACACUGAGCUCAGUUAGCAGGAAACGAGCAGAGCAUUAUUAAUGAAUUCCUUAUUUCUGUCCUGUUCUAUUAUUCCUUUUGUUUCAACUUCAAUCAGGUAAUAUUAUGACUUUUCUUGUAAAACUCUGACUCCAUUGAAAUAUUAUGCUUUUCUUCUAAAUGACAGCAUAACUCUCUUGGUGUGUUUUCUUCUUAAAAUUGUGUAUAUUUUCUACUACCAUCUCUUUUCACAUUUAUGACUUUGCUCCUAACAUUACAGCAUUUUGUUAAGAAAUUCCAAUUACAUAUUUUGUUCUUUUUGCAUAUAAUGGAUAAAAGCUAUAUUCAAAAUUGAGACGUUAUUCUUACAGAAGUUCAACAUUUUUCUCAAUACAGUAUAUUGCAGUAUUCUGUAAAAUAAUGAAUAUUCAUUUUUUUCCUAACAGUAUAGGUCAAAGGCUCUUGUUGAUAACAUUUAAUAAAAAACAUAAACCGGUUUCUUGAAAAUAGAAAAGCAUUUCCGAUUCCGACAUCUGACAAAACAUCUGUUUUUGAAACACACUUUUUUUUGUUUUCAUCUUUUCAAACAAUUUUUUGUUUGUUUAUAUUUCUUAUGAUUGAAACUUUGCUUCGGUAACUACGACCAUUUUAAUUACGGAAAACCAUAAAAGACCUUUUCCGUUUACUUUUUGCUGACCUCAGGUCUGCGUCUUUCUUGUUUGCUUGCUUGCGUGUUUGUUUGUUUGUUUGUUUGUUUCUCAAUUUCCUGUCUAAAAUUGUUCUCUCGCAAUAGCAUAUAAACUGUAAAGUGCAUUUGUUGCAAUAAAUAUUUCUUUUUGAUACCAAGGCAGAAAAACAUGUAGAUCCAAUUAAUAUUUAUGUUUUACUUUUAUUAUUUAUUCAUUUUUUUCUGCAGGUGUAUUAUACCAUGAUAGUCCAGCUCUUAAAAAUCUCCAGGGUACCAAGUUUGAUUACAGUUGAUGAUGACUGAUUGUCAGCUAACACACUGUCUUUGGAAGUAGCGUGAGUUGAAGGGGGAGUUUUUGAAGCAGUGUUCAGACUCCAAACUGCUGAAACUGUCAAUGAAAGGUAGUUCUUGACUGACUUGCCUGUUGAAGUAAAGGUUGAAUUGAAGAGAGAUCGAGACAGUUAUUGGAGAAACAGCUUUCAAAUAUGCUUCUCUUUUCUUUGUUUCCAUCUGGUUUCCAUAUCUUCCUCUCUGCCGUCUCACCACCAACUAUCCAACAUUAACCCUGGAGCUAAACGAGGGAGCACUUCUAUUCAUGUUCAUGUUGAAGGUUGUCCAUGUUACUGUUGAACAGUGUGUUGUCUUGGGAAAUGCUGUUAUGGGAUGAAAACAAUAAAUAACAAUUGUUCAGAAAUAAA